AUGGCGUCGCUCGCGACGCCCGAGCUCGCGUCGACGAGCCGCGUCGGCGCGGCGUCGUCCUCGUUCGCCGCGCGUCUUCGCGUCCUCGCGUCCUCGCGACCGCGCGACCGCGCGCGCACACGUCAUCGCGAGCGCGUCGCGCCCUCGAUCCGAUGCAUGGCGAAAGCCGGGCGCAGCUCGAAGAGCGGCGGUCGCGGCAAGGGCGGCGGCGGCGGCGGCGGCGGCGGCGGCGGCGGCGGAGGCGACGCCGCGCCCGCGCGCGCGCGCGCGGCGGACACCCCGCGGCGCAUCACGGGCAAGCUGGGCAACAUGAGCGUCAACACGCAGAUCAAACUCGUGGAGCGGUACCGGACGCUCACCGGGGGCGGCGGCGCCGCGAAGACGACCUCCUCCCCGAAGGGCGGCUCCGCGGCGAAGCCCGCGACCGUGGAGCGCACGGGCUUUCGCAAGACGAAGGACGAGGCGUACCAAGAGGAGCUCGCGCGGAGACGAGCGGCGAAGCAAGCGGAAGCGCGGCAUCUCGCGAGUCUCAAGUCGCACCCGCUCGGCGCGCGCGGCGCCCCGCCCGUGCUCCUCGUGGACGGGUACAACGUCUGCGGCUGCGACGAGGGCGAGGAGAGAGGGCUGCCGCUGAAGAAGCUGUUCCUCGAGGGAGACUUGGAGCGCGCGCGACGCGAGCUCGUCGAGGAGCUGGAAAACCUCGCCGCGCACAAGGGCUACAGAGUCGUCGUCGUCUUCGACGCGGACCGCCGCGACGGCGCGACGGACGCGGCGACGAAGACGAAGAGCGGCGUCUGGGAGGUCUACUCCGUGAGCAACGACGCGGACUCGUGGAUCGAGCGCGCGUCCAUCGAGGAGCUGAGCGGGCGGUCCAGCGUGGAGAAGGUUCUGAACGAGGCGCGGCGGACGUCGUCGGGACGCGUCGCGCUGAGUUCGAUGGACGAGAGCGACGCGGCGGGGUCCGCGGACGACGGCGACGAGAACACCCCGGGGUCGACGUUCGCGGCGGCGAAGGCGAAACGGCUCGUGUACGUCGCGACGAGCGACGUCGCGCUGAGCACCGUGGUCCGAGGGAACGGCGCGUACGCGAUCAGCAGCGGGUCUCUCAUCGAGGAGAUCAUCGCCGCGCGGAAUUCGGAGACGGAAAUUUUACGCGACCUCGCGGUGAAAGCGAAGUGGGGCGGGGAGAAGCGCGGCUUGGGCGUCGUCGCGAAAGACUCCGAGACCGCGGAUAAGCUCAUGCAGAUGUACUUGAACGCGCCGAACGCGACGACGACGAAGUUCGCGAGUUUGACCGGCGGGUUCUCUUCGAAGCCGAAGAAGGGGAAGAAGAAUAAAAAGAAACCGAAAGGGGUCGCGACUGACGCCGCCGCGACCGACGAAAGCGACAGCCAGGCGUAAAGAAGCAUACGAUAGCAUUAGCGCGCACGCGUAGCACGUGUAUUAUUACAACCAUCACGAUC